GGUACAAAAGAGGAGGGGCAGGGGUCCCAUGCCUGAGCGCCCGGGCCUGUGGUUUGAACCGCCGCCGCCGUCACCGGGUUCUCACCUCGCCCCAGCCCCAGGCCCCAGCCAUGGGGCCCCCUUCCAGCUCCGGCUUCUACGUGAGCCGCGCCGUAGCCGUGCUGCUGGCCGGGCUGGCCGCCGCGCUCCUGCUGGCGCUGGCGGUGCUGGCAGCCCUGUACGGCCAGUGCGCGCGCGACCCGUCGUCGGAGAUGCAGCACCGCGGGGGCCCGGGCGCCGCGCCGGUCCAGCCCCGCAAGCAGAAGGAGCAGCCGCCGACCCCGAAACCUGGCCCCGCUCGUAAGCCGGCGGUGGCGGCCACCCCGAGCGACUGGCGGCCCCCAGGACCCUGGGAUCAGCUGCGCCUGCCUCCCUGGCUCGUGCCGCUGCACUAUGAGCUGGAGCUGUGGCCCCGGCUGCAGCCAGACCAGCUCUCGGCGCCCGCAUUGCGUUUCACUGGCCGCGUGAACAUCACGGUGCACUGCAUCGUGUCCACCGCGCGGCUGCUGCUGCACAGCCUCCUCCUGGACUGUGACAGCGCCGAGGUGCGAGGUCCUCUGUCCCCAGUCACUGGGGACGCCACCAUAGGCCGCGUGCCCGUGAACGACGUGUGGUUCGCGUUGGACAUGGAGUACAUGGUGCUGGAGCUCGGCGAGGCCCUGCAGCCCGGGAGCCGCUACAAGCUGCAGCUCAGCUUCUCUGGCCCAGUGUACCAGGACACCUGGGAGGGGCUCUUCCUCAAUCUCUACACAGACCAGGGUGAGCGCAGGGCACUGUUAGCAUCUCAUAUGGAACCAACAUUUGCCAGGUAUGUUUUCCCUUGUUUUGAUGAGCCAGCUCUGAAGGCAACUUUUAGUAUUACAAUUAUUCAUCAUUCAAGUUAUGUGGCCCUUUCCAACAUGCCGAGGCUAGGUCAGUCUGAAAAAGAAGAUGUGAAUGGAAGCAAAUGGACCGUUACCACCUUCUAUACUACACCCCUCAUGCCAACUUAUUUAGUCGCAUUUGCCAUAUGUGACUGUGACCAUGUCAACAGAACCGAAAGGGGCCAGGAGAUAAGCAUCUGGGCCCGGAAAGAUGCCAUCGCCAAUGGAUAUGCAGACUUUGCUUUGAACAUCACAGGUCCCAUCUUCUCUUUUCUGGAAGACUUAUUUAAUAUUAGUUACCCUCUUCCAAAAACAGAUAUAAUUGCGUUGCCUACUUUUGACAAACGUGCAAUGGAAAAUUGGGGACUACUGAUGUUCGAUGAGUCAUUAUUGUUGCUGCAACCAGAGGAUCAGCUAACAGAAAAGAAGACUGUCAUCUCCUCCAUUGUCUCCCAUGAGAUCGGACAUCAGUGGUUUGGAAACAUGGUUACCAUGGCUUGGUGGAACAACCUCUGGCUCAAUGAGGGUUUUGCAUCUUAUUUUGAGUUUGAAAUAAUUAACCACUUCAAUCCUAAAUUCCCAAGAAAUGAGGUCUUUUUUACUAACAUUUUAUAUGGUGUCCUCAAAGAAGAUCACGCCCUGGUAUUUAGAGCUGUAUCCAUGAAGGCGGAAAAUUUCACAGAAACGGGUGAAAUAAAUGAGAUUUUUGACUUAUUUACUUACAACAAGGGAGCGUCUAUGGCCCGCAUGCUUUCUAGUUUCCUGAGUGAGAGUCUGUUUAUCAGCGCACUUAAGUCCUAUUUGAAGAUAUUUUCUUUCUCAAAUGCUGAGCAAGAUGAUCUAUGGAGGCAUUUUCAAAUGGCCAUAGAUGACCAGGGUAAAAUUCUUUUGCCAGCAACAGUGAAAAGCAUAAUGGACAGUUGGACGCACCAGAGUGGUUUUCCAGUUAUCACCUUAAAUGUAUCUACUGGCGUCAUGAAACAGGAGCCAUUUUAUCUUGGAAAGGUUAAAAAUCAGACUCUUCUAACCCACAAUGACACAUGGAUUGUACCUAUUCUUUGGAUAAAAAAUGGAACUACACAGUCUUUAGUCUGGCUAGAUAAUAGCAGCAAAGUAUUUCCUGAAAUGCAAGUUUCGGAUUCUGAGCAUGACUGGGUGAUUUUGAAUUUGAAUAUGACUGGAUAUUAUAGAGUUAACUAUGAUAAAUUAGGCUGGAAGAAAUUAAAUCAACAGCUUGAAAAAGAUCCUAAGGCUAUCCCUGUUAUUCACAGACUGCAGUUGAUCGACGAUGCCUUCUCCUUGUCUAAAAACAAUUAUAUCGAGAUCGAAACAGCACUUGAUUUAACCAAGUACCUUGCUGAAGAAGAUGAAAUCAUAGUAUGGCAUGCAGUUUUGUUGAAUCUGGUGACCAGGGAUCUUAUUUCCAAUGUGAACAACUAUGAUAUAUACCCAUUAUUAAAGAAGUAUUUAUUAAAGAGACUUAUGUCAAUAUGGAAUACUUAUUCGACUAUAAUUCGUGAAAAUGUGGCAACAUUGCAAGAUGACUAUUUAGCUCUAAUGUCACUGGAAGAACUCUUUAGAACUGCGUGUUGGUUGGGUCUUGAAGACUGUCUUCAACUGUCAAGAGAGCUCUUCAGAAACUGGGUGACCCAUCCAGAGAAUGAAAUACCUUAUCCGAUUAGAAAUGUGAUUUUAUGUUAUGGCAUUGCCUUGGGAAAUGAAAAAGAAUGGGACUUUUUGCUAAGUAUCUACAAUAACAAAACAAAAGAAGAAGAAAGGAUGCAACUUGCUUAUGCAAUGGGCUGCAGUAAAGAUCCAUGGAUACUUAACAGAUAUAUGGAGUAUGCCAUUGCUACGUCUCCGUUCACCUUCAAUGAGACAAAUAUAAUCCAAGUUGUGGCGGAAUCUGAAGUUGGCCGGUACAUCGCAAAGGACUUUUUAGUCAACAAUUGGCAAGCUGUGAGUGAAAGGUAUGGAGCACAAUCGUUGGUUACUCUCAUAGAUAUAAUAGGGAGAACCAUAAGUACGGAUUCACAGAUCAUGGAGAUGCAGCAGUUUUGCAGUAACGUGUUGGAGGAGCACCAGAGGCUCUCGAUUCAUGCCAAGUUACAGACGAUAAAGCAGGAAAAUCUGGAAAAGAAGAAGCGAAAUGCCAGGAUAACUGCGUGGCUACGGGAAAACACAUAAGUUAGCGGCUACUUCCAGCUCGCCUCUUGCAUAUUAUAAUGUAGCUUGCUCACAGUUUGGUUUUCCCACACUUUGUGAGUCUGGAAAACCACAUGUUUUGUUAUUUGUAUUUCAGUACACUUACUACCUGUUCUUCCCUUCUUGUCACAUUUGGCCCCAAGGCUCAGCCAUUGCUGAGGAUUUUGCCAACCCUGCUGUAUUUCCGGGGAAGAUUUCACUUCAUGUUGGGCUAUAAAACCACAGAAUUUACUUUAAAUGCCUGGUAAAAACAGUGGAGUAUGAAAUAAGUGGCUAAAUGAACACAUUCUUUUCUGAGGGAAAUACAGAUUUGCAAUACUCUAAGGCUUAUUUAGUUCAAUAUUUAAAAGCUCAAUGAGCAAAUAACACAACAAUGUAAGGAAACAGAAUCCAGAAAAAUAAUAUUCACUAGAAGACAGCAAAGCCAAAGAAAAUCAAGUUUUAAAAAGAAGGAGCAGACAAUUUUAUGAGCCAUAUUAAGUGCCCUAAAGGCAAGAAAUGUGUCUUUUCCUGCCCAUUUCUCUCUCCCCACAGUGGCUGCUGCAUCGCACCACACUUACUGGCUACUGAACUUUAUGGAGUCGCAAAAAGACUUAGGAUUGUAGGAUCCGUGAAGUGCCCUUGGAAUCGCUGUUGUGGAGGCCAGAGAGGAGGGGAGGGCUCUGCCCUGGAGCUCGACUGUGCAUUCAUCUGUGGGAUGGAUGCUCUUUCAACCAGUUUAUGAGCAAAAUUAAUGACGUCAACAGACCAUAGCAAUUAUGGGCUAAUCUUCAGCACAAAGGGAAAUUGUCAAAUAAGUAGAAAUAGAACUAAAAGGCUAACCAGAGCAUAAUCUUUACAGCUUUGCACUCAGGGGAGUAAGUUUGAAACGUGGUUUCAUUUAGCCAAAUUGAACCUACUUGUAGUCUGGACAACUUUAAAAAUUUUGACCCAUCACAACUUAUGGAAUUAGCUUAGUUUUGUUAUACCCAAUUAAAUCAGGACAACUAAGGCACAUCAUCCUACCCUAGACUUUGUGUGUAUAUGAUAUAAUUCUGUUUUAAUUUUGAUUUUGUUUUUUUAGAAUGGGGGUAAAACUACAGAUCUCCUAUCUACCUCAGAGCGAUAUUGUAAAGAUUAAGGAAUCCGUCAAUUAAAAGCCUUUAAAUGUGUUAUGUAAACUCAUGGCAAUGUGAUCUAAGGUUUCCCCCUAUUUCUUGUAUAAGUUAAUGUGGCCACAAAUUAAAAUGCAAUACACAGUUCACUUCUGUAUUCGCUUCACAAGAUGCUUCGAGGGUGAGUGGGAAGCUAUGGGACUUGGCCACAUGGAAAAAUCAUGGGUCAUAGGUCAGAGUUUUCUUUAAAUUUAGAAAUUUAAAAUUUAAGCAAUAAAUUAUCUCCGUGUCUUCAAAUUGUUAUGUGUGAGAUAUCUCCUGCCCUUUCUUAAACAUUUAUUCUAUAUUUCCUGUACUUUCUCUGAUCAUCAGUCUGAUCUUUCCACAGCCUGUCGCAUGGCCUCUCUACUGCCUUUCUCCUCCCGUUCUUCCUGUCCUCCAUUUCCACUCCCUCCCUUCUCCCUUGGGCUCUCCUGUCUUCCUUCUCCCUUUCCAGUAACCUCUGUCUUCCUUCUGCCCAAUUGGCCAUGUCCUCUCUCCUUGGUCUUCCUGCCCUGCUGUGUUCUCAGUCCACCAAGUGCACAUGGAGGCUGAAAGUGGGCACCUGAGCGGGCACUUGUUACCAGGUGAUGCCAAACACGGGCUGAUUCUACCAAAAGAGCGCGUAGGCAGGGCUCUCCAGACCAUUUGUUGAAAAUUAAAGUCCUGUGAU